AUGGGUGAGUCCUCUGAGACAAGCAGUUCAUGGGAUGUUGCAAUAGAUUCUUCAAACAUAGGGUUUAAGCUUCUAAAGAAGCAAGGAUGGAAGGAAGGGACUGGUCUUGGAAUCGCUCAACAGGGUAUAUUGGUGCCUCUACACACUGACCCCAAAAAUAACAAACGAGGACUCGGAGCUGAAAAUACUACUAAGAGAAAAGUAGCAAAGCAUCACACUGCUAGAGAUUCUGAAAAAGUUCCUAAUAAAACCAAGAAACUAUCUAAGAAAAUGCGGAAGAUGAUGGAGCAUGAGAAACACUUGCAGGAAAAGGAAUUUGAACGAGCCUUCUUCAGGGAGUUCUGGCCUGAUAAUGUUUAA